CCAAACAUGAUGUUAUUCGAGACAAUGAUAUACACUCCUCACGUGAUCCCGAUGACAUAACGGGCCACCUGCAUGGAUACACACGUACAACUGCUACAUUGCACCGAUUCCCGGGGAGCUCUUUGAACAACCGGGUCUUCGAUCAUGAACCCUCACAUCUCCCUGCCCCGCCAACAUGCCGGCUCUGCCAACUUCGGCUCAACGCCUGCAAACCGCGGGUCGAGUGUACGCAUGCCGCGCUUCUUCAAAAGGGACAGGCUCUUCAAGUUCCCUCAAAUGGACUUUGAGAUGGCCAUUUGGGAGAUGACAUCCUUGUUGAUUGCGCCCAAGAAAGUCUUCAAAUCGAUAUAUUACCAUAAACCAAAAACACAUGGCAUCGCCCUGAUCCGUCAUUCACCUACCUCCUAUCAUUCUUCCUUCUCCUCACAGCCUUUGCCUGGGGCCUUGCUUACACCCCCCUCCUUCGGCGCAAUUGUACGCCUAACGCUCCUCUUCGUGUUCGUGCACUUCAUCGGCUCGUCGCUCUUGAUCUCAACAGUUGGAUACUUUGUGAUUGGCAAGCUCUUUGGUCCCAAUGGUGCAGCGGCCUCUCUAGCUGGCCUGCGGGGCUCUCGUGGCCGGAGAAGAGGUGCCGCACAGGGUCUGUUCAUGCAGCCAGGAGAGAAGGACCAAUUGGAGUUUGGAUAUUGUUUUGAUGUGUCCAACCGUGCCUUCUUUCCCCUCUACCUUCAUCUAUAUGUGGUGCAGUUCCUCCUCCUGCCCCUGCUCACCCGCAGCCCGAGCAAUUUCCUGGCGACUUUCCUUGGCAACUCGCUCUAUCUCUCCGCCCUCAUUUACUACACUUACAUCACCUUUUUGGGAUACAAUGCUCUUCCCUUCUUGCACAACACCGAGCUACUCCUUUUGCCUAUUCUCAUCUUCGCUAUCAUGUGGCUGGUCAGUUUGAUUGCCGGUUGGGGCAUCGUUAUGCAAGGCCGCAGCGUUGAGGGAUUGUUCUGGGGCGUGUGAAAAGGAAGUUCGAAAGUUUGGAAGCUUAGCGCAAUAGACUCUGCUUUCCGGAUAUGAUCUCUUCUCCAUGAAGAGUCUGGGGUGAUAAAAGCCCCGUGUAUGAACCUUCCUGUCAAGGUUUUCUUUCCUUUCCUUCUGGCUCAUACAUUAUCAAAAAAGAGCUACUUAUGCUGUGUCUAUCUAAUGCUGGAGGCGUCGGUGUACAUGAUUUCCAUUUCAGGGCCAGGCAUUUUUGUUACUCGUGUCUAAUUAAUAGAUGAGUAUAUCAACGUUUUGUUUGAAUGCACCUGGUG